GGGGGGUUUAUUGCGCUGUUCGUGGUGCUGAACGAGCAGCCUGUUGGCAUGUUUUCCUCACACCAACACAACAAUACUUCAUUUUUAUUUUAUUUUUUUGAAAGACUCGGGGAAAUAAGUUUUUUUUGCAAUGUUUAUACUCAACAAAAUAACCUUCAGCUACCCAGGAAGUCAGGUUCAGCUGUGAGUGUGUCCUCCAGCUUUGGCAGAGAUAAGUGACCCCGUGAAGGAUGGUGCCGGAGGAAAGAGCGAGGGGUGUGGUUAAGUGUUACUCGGUGCGCAUCAGGUAUCCGUCCCACACUAUAUAACCCUGUGAACCGAAGGGAGAGCAGCGAGACAAGGGGCAACACCGGGGUGACUACACCAAGAGACAACUGUCAAAAAAUGGCCAACAUGUUGAGAUCGUGGAUGAUGCUUGCAGCGCUCGUCUUCUGCCUCCUCGUGUGUUUGAGCAGCUUUGCGGACGCUUACCCUCCCAAACCAGAGAGCCCCGGGGGCAACGCCUCACCGGAGGACUGGGCCAAAUACCACGCGGCUGUCAGGCAUUAUGUUAACCUCAUCACCAGACAGAGGUAUGGGAAGAGGUCGACCCCGGAGCAGGCGGUGGCGUGGCUGCUGUUCGGAGCUGAUUCAAGCCAAGACACUGAACCACGCUCGGACUACAACGAUCAGUGGUAAAACACUCCAACAUUAACCCUUCCCUGAUCCUUUGAUUAAGCAACAAUGAAAAACACUGAAGACAACCUGCACUGGACUUUGUGACUGCGUAUUCAAUUUGUUAAUGUGCAUGCAAAUCUUUCUCUCUCUCUCUCUGUCUCUCUCUCUCUCUCCCCCCUCUGUUUAUCUGCUCCUCUCCAUACGUCUAUUUGUUAGUUGGCCAAAAAUGUAAAUAAUUUGUAUCAAAAUCAAUUACUUUACAAUGAAGACUUGAAUGAAAUAAAAGUAUUAA